UUUCGGAGUGGCAUUUUAAAUAAGGGUCUUUAAGACUGGUCCCGGGCUGUGAGAGGCUCACAGUCUUAACAGCCAGGGCGUGGGUCAGAUUCCUCGGGAUGGUGCCCUAGAGUCGUUAUCUAACAGAAAACGAACGUCGAGGAGCUCGGAGAAACCUCAGACAAACAGGCUUUUCCGGGAACAGCUGGAGCUAGAGCUCUGCCCAUGCUGUAGUUCCCGUCAUUCUCCAGAAGUCACACAACAGCAAGGAGUUGUAAAAAAGUUCUUACGAGUUUCGUCAGUAACGUCAGUCUGGAGUGAAUCAGAUGUGUCUGUUUAAUCGCCAGAUAACCCUGGAAAGAGAAAGAAGAUAGAGCAGGCAGGAAGCUAUGUGAAAGAAUCUUCUGAUGUCAUAAUUUCUGGUGUCACUGGAACAUUGACCAACAUUCCUUUGGCAAGUCUAGACUUCUAUGGAAAGUCAGUAGAAGCAAUUGAUUUAUUCACCUCUAUAGGAAUCACACUUGGCCUAUUUUGGAUUUCAGUGAAUUAUGCCUUUUCGGUUUGGGACCCAGCCAAGGAGGUUUCCAGUGGAAGGAGGAGAUUCUUCGAUUGGGCUAGAAUCAGGCCUGAGCUCCAGUGCUGCCUGUAACGGGAAAGAGACGUCACCCAAUAGGCAACUCCGAAGAUGCCCUGGAAGUCAUUGCCUGACAAUAACUGAUGUUCCCAUCACUGUCUAUGCAACAAUGAGAAAGCCACCUGUGCCAAGCAGCAAGGAAAUGCAUCCCAAAUAGCAUCAAUAAGUCUUCUGUCAAGGGUUGACUAGGUCAAGGGUAAUGGGCCAGUAUCAUCUUAUGGUCUGUCUCGUAAACAAAUAAAGGUGGUGGCACGA